AAGUCGACUCUGUCUCUGGAAGGUACCCCGAAAUUUACACCGCGGUUGACCGGAUGUACUGGGUCGCAAACGUUUCGGAAAGCUGGCAUGGACCUUUAUCCGUCAGCAUUUUCGUCCCGGACGUGGAGCUACACCUAGCAAAAACCGUGAUAAAAUUUCUGCGUCGUUGUUCGCCUGCCGUCGCAGAUCGUGUUAGCUUUCAUUUUGUGUCGGAUGUGGCUCAUCCACCGGUGGACUUUUCGGCGGAAGCGGAUGACGUCGACUUGGACUGCAAUUCCGUCCACGAGUCGAUAACGAAGUUUGUUGAUGCUGGAAGGUCAGAAGAAAUGAUGAAGUGGAGAGACUCGAUGAUCUACCCUCAGCAAUUACUACGAAACGUAGCCCGACAAGGUUGCUUAGCAGAAUACGUCACGCUCGUAGACGUUGAUAUGAUCCCGAGACCGGGUUUGGCGGAAGAUUUGCGUUCCUUUUUGAGGAAAAAGGAGACACAGAGCUGCGAAAAAUGCGCUUAUGUUUUGCCGGUGUAUGAAAUCGCCGAAACCGCUGGGAAGCUUCCGGAAAACAAGGCUGACCUCGUGAAGAUGAUCACUGCAAAACGUGCUCGUCCAUUCCACCAGAUCAUCAGUAAGAAGAAUUCUGGCUCGUCAAAUUUGACUGCUUGGCAAGCUGUUCCAUCGACGUCGAAUGAGCUCAAAGUUGCCUACGAUGUUCUCAAGUUUGAGCUGCAAUACGAGCCGAUAUACGUCACGAAAGGACCUGUCCCAUUUUUCGACGAACGAUUUGAAGGUUUCGGUUGCACAAGAUGGACCCAGCAAUUACUACGAAACGUAGCCCGACAAGGUUGCUUAGCAGAAUACGUCACGCUCGUAGACGUUGAUAUGAUCCCGAGACCGGGUUUGGCGGAAGAUUUGCGUUCCUUUUUGAGGAAAAAGGAGACACAGAGCUGCGAAAAAUGCGCUUAUGUUUUGCCGGUGUAUGAAAUCGCCGAAACCGCUGGGAAGCUUCCGGAAAACAAGGCUGACCUCGUGAAGAUGAUCACUGCAAAACGUGCUCGUCCAUUCCACCAGGCUUAUGAGAUGCUGGUCCUGGGUUUCCAGUUCAAGGUGCUCGACAACGCCUUUUUGAGUCACUGGGGAUUCCAGGUGCUCAAAACGCGUCCCAAGUGGCGAGCUAAGCAGCAAGAAGCCAACAACCGCCGCCUGGAUCAAUAUUCCCAAGAAUUCGUCGCCAAGUACCAUAGAGACCCAUUGAACCUCCAGGGGUAUUCUAAGAAAGCUGCCAAAUUUGUCAUCGCUUAUGUGGCGGAAAACGUAAUUGCCAGUGAUCGCGUCGCUGAAGACGUCGACGACGACGACGGAGAUGAUGACGUUUUCUUGUUCGACGCGAAACGGGGAUUGGCGGACGUGACGAGGAAAUACGCCACUCAUCCGUUUGUACUGUCUGGUGACAGUUGGGACAAACUGAUCCACGACUAUCCUGUCUGUAUGGCUACUCAAACAUCCAUGAGUCAACAAAAUACUGUA